AUCCCUCGCCGUUCCCUUUCUCUAUCUACUUUUCAGAGUGGUGUUUGGAUCAGGAACCAAAGUGUUGGAAUGGGAGAAUAUGAUGGCGAUGAAUCGAAUGGCUUUGUUCCUGACAUCCGAACAAAACACCACCACCACCUUGGAUAGGUUUUUGUAGGGUUUGAUGAAAAUCUUGUAGGUUUUCAGAUUCUUCAUUUGAUACGUUUGAUUUGUGUCCCUGUUGUAUGAUUGUGAAUGGAUUUGAAAUUUAAUUCAUGUGAAGAUUUAUUCAUUUUUUUUCUGAGAAUUGAAUUGAAUUGGAUUCAAUACAGGAGUAUGGAGAACAUGUGUUAUAGUAAUUGCAAAUUUAUCUAUCUUUCAUUAUCUAUUUCCCAAACUAAAAUUGUGUCUUUGGUUGUCUUGCAAUGUCAGUGAGUCAAACGAACUUUUGCAAGGCCUUAGAAUUUUGUUGUUGGGAGAGGCAGCGCAGAAGCACAUGUAAGCAAGCUAUUGUCAAUUGGAUGGUCAAAUUCUCAAUAAGCAAUGCCAGAUAUACUUACAUCCAUGAUGAGAAAUAUCCCUCUAAGGAUGUUGACAUACACCAUAUAGUUUUGAAGAGGAGUAGUGCAAAAUAUCUUUUUGUGUAUGCCACAACACUUCUUGUAUUAGUAUGUGCCUUGUAUCUCUAUGUUCUUAAGGAAAAGUCAGUUAGUAUUGUGUAUUACAGCUUGCUUUUUGACAUGUUUCUUGUCAAGUUGUUUCUUCUGAAGCCUAUUAAGAAAGAAUCUGUUGUGAUUAUGCCAGCUUUUGGAGUGCAGCUUGAGACUCACUACGUAAGUGGAAAGAUCACGCGAUGCUUUGUUCCGAUUGACAAGAUUCUGAAACCUAUUCUACUAGAAUGUGUGACUCCAAUGACUUGUUAUUGGACUCUAUCUUUAAUUGUUCGUGAGAAAUCAGAAAUGGUGUUAGUUUUCAAGAACUUACGUCCGCCAGUGAAAAUGCUGGUCCAUGUCUGGAAGGCCCUGUGUGCCGCAACUGAUAGUAAAGAGAAGACUUGUAUACAGACCGAGUGAAUAAAUUGACAACCUAUACUAGUUCUUGACCCCAUAGAUUUAAUCGCAAGUUGAUAGUUCGAGACGUAUUCACAAUCACCACGGCAAGACAUCAAUUAUAGGCCGAUUGACUCCGCUUUCUGAACUGCAAACUAAGUAGGUACAUAAAAAAACUAGGGAAGAAUUUUGUAUUAUGAUUCGGGACUGCUAGAACAAGUGCAUUUCCGUCUCAGUAUUCUGUAACUAAACGCAGGUUCAAGCAUGAUAGUGAGCAUGGCCAAGCUUGCACAAUGCAUCUUUGUGGAU